AUGGCAAGGGUACGACCCAAGGGGAGGAAUGCUCACAAAUCAGAGGAAAAUCAACAAUUGAAGGACAUAGAGGAUAGACAAAAAGGGGUGUAUUCGACGAUUGAAACUGGAGAGGGAGCUAGAUCUGUGAAGCACUUGGAAUCUGGUGAACAAGAUACAACCUUCAAAGAUCGAUUGGGAAUAAAUCCCUCAAGAAAGCUUGAGUGGCCAGAGGAGAAACCGAAGGAAGCGACAACUACAAACACUGCCUGGGCUAAUUUUGAUGCCAGCAAAAUGAAGAAGCCAGUGUAUUACGAGUGUCGUCCUAUCCAAUGCAACUAUUAUAAAAACUUUGGACAUAGAGGGGAGGAUUAUAAGAAAAAGAUCAGUUCUGAGGAGGCCAAAACUAUUGAGAAGCUGAAUCAACAUAAACAGAAGCCAGUAUUGUCUGAGUGGAGAAUAGUGCAAAGAGGAAAAGGCAUAAAUGUUGAUGAGAAACUUGAGACUCCACCACCAAGUAACAAGUCUGUGAUUACUCUGAAGGAGACCAUAGAGAAAUCAAGGUAG